GCUUUUUUAUCAUAUAACUUAUCGAAGUCAAUCUUUAUAUAUAACUAUGCUUUUUUCCUUCGUUAGUCACAAGAAACUUUCUUGAGAAAAAACUAGAGAAGGAUUUGAAGUUUUUCAUUUUUUUUUUUGGGGUCAGGAUGAAGUUCUGCAAGGAAUACAGGCAGUAUAUGCAGGGCAAAGAGGAAACGCUACCUGUACUUGGCUUCAAGAAGCUGAAGAAGAUCAUGAAGAAGUGCAGGAGAGACUUUCGGUGUAAGAAAAACAUUGAUGGGUUACAUAACAGCCAAACCUGCCCGGAUCAUUGCCCAGUGUGCGAUGGAACCAUCUUCCCUUCUCUUCUCAAGGACAUGUCCUCAGUAGUAGGUUCCUUCAAUGAACAAGCACAGAAAUUGCUUGAGCUACAUCUUGCUUCUGGCUUUCAAAAGUACUUCCUUUGGUUAAGAGGCAACAGACAGAGCGACCAUACUGCCUUAAUUCAGAAAGGGAAAGACCUUGUUUCUUAUGCAUUGAUAAACGCCAUUGCAAUUCGAAAAAUACUGAAGAAAUAUGAUAAGAUUCAUGACUCUAAACAAGGACAGACCUUCAAGUCCCAGGCCCAAAGUAUGCGUAUUGAAAUUCUUCAGAGUCCCUGGCUCUGUGAGCUUUUGGCUUUCCUCAUCAAUUCAAGGGAAAGCAAGGUCAAGUCAGAGAAGGCACCAGCAUUUGAAGGCUGCAACCUCAUAUUUAAUGACGGCAAACCAUCACUCACUUGUGAAAUCUUUGAAUCCAUCAUCAAACUUGAUAUUGACUUGACUUGUUCUAUAUGCUUGACAGUCUUUGAUCCAGUUUCCCUCACUUGUGGCCAUAUAUUCUGCUACAUGUGUGCUUGCUCAGUGGCGUCAGUGACUAUCAUAGAUGGACUCAAGGCGGCAGAGCUGAAAGGAAAAUGCCCUCUAUGCCGAGAGGUGGGAGUCUUUGAUGGUGCUGUACACUUGGAUGAGCUCAAUAUUCUUUUAAGCCAAAGUUGCCAUGAAUACUGGGAGCAGAGACAUCAGAGAGAAAGAGCAGAGAGAAUUCAACAAGCAAAGCAGUACUGGGAGAACCAAUGUCUAGCAUUAAGUGCACGUAACCAGGCAACAUCCUCAUCAUAGGAAGCUGGUAUUAGGUAAAUAAGUGGAUGUUUUCAUGUAUCCAAGAAGAAAAAUUUGCAUGUUUUUUAUUUUUUAUUUUUUGCCACAGAAUGGGGAAAGUCUGCCGAAGUAGACUUCGAAUCUGAGCUCAUUGGCAACAUAUCUUUGAUUUCAGUUUAUAAAUUUUAUGUUCCUUGUAGAUGCCUUGAUUUUGUGUAAAUUAUAUGUACUGUUUUUCAUGUAUAACAUUGUGUUCCAAAUUAUUGAAAAAUGUCUUUGAUGGUGUUGCUUGACA